GCGGCCCUUGUUUGAGAACCAGUGGGUUAGAGCACUCUCCUGUUGCACUUUGUGAGAAAUACUUAAAAUAGUCACUGGGCCAAAGAGAGAGAGAGAGACUAUACCCAAUGGGUAGUGGGAAACCUGGAUUGAAGCAGAGCUUUGGAGAGGAGCCCGGAGCAGUGGAGCUGCAGGUUUUUGCCUGGAGCGGAGCCGGAGCACAGAAAAUCUUGACUGCUCCAGGGUUGGUUUUUUUUUUCCCCAAUCUAAAAGGAAUGAUAUUUAGCAAGAAAGUCCUAACGGUGCUAAAAAGUUUCAGAUUGUAUAACAAUUGGUAUUAACAUCUACUUUACCACUUUACGUACUAUGUCACAGUUAUUCUCACUUCGGCUGAAAUCAAGAUUUAAUGUACAGAUACAAAAUUACAAAGUUUUUUUGAGAUGUUUUAUUAAAGAAUCAGAUAAUUAUCAGACAUCUGGCAACACCGCAGACUGCUCCCACCCUUGUGCCAAGGUUAGGCGAGUAUGUACUUGUGUAGAUUAGUUAGAUUAGUAUGUGUUGAUACUUCUUUUGUAAGGGUUGAUCAACGAGAUGCGCUGAGUGCUGCGAUUACGGAAAAGUUUGAUGCAAGACGCAACAUAAGAUAUCACAAACAGAAGAUCAUAACAAGAAACAUUUGGAUGCGGUAGCAGCACAAGAAGAUUUGGCCAUAGCUUCAACAAAAAAAUCAAAUCUGCCCCCCAUGAUUGAUAGCCGAUUUACGGAAAAGGAUCUCAACGACGUCUUUACUUUUGAAUUUGAAAAGCCCAAAUUUGGGCUUUUGGGAAAAGCAAAGAAGAAAUCGGCAACGUGCAAGGUGGAAAAGGAAGUGAAUGGCGAGCUCAAACCAUGUAGCUUCAAGAGAAGUGAAGCAAGUUCCAUGAAACAUUUCAACGUUUGGUGGCAUGUAAAAUGUAACCAUCCUGAAAACUAUGUGGCUCUGGUUACAAAAAAGGGCCAGGAAGAUGAGGCAAAACAGAAAGCUGAUGCGGCUAAAUGACGUUCAUCUGGCUCUUUGAAAACUCCUGGAGAAAAAAUUUUUUGCGGAGCUUCAUCUGAAAAGAAACCCAAAAUUGAGCAAACAAAACUUGACUCCUAUUUGAAGUCCUCAAAGGUUACAGUCACCAUGGAUGCCAAUACUUUCCGUGAAGGGCUGAUGGAAAUGGUUUGCUUGAGUUCAACACUUCUCACUACCUUCAGGCUAAAGAACAAAGGAUUCCAAAAAAUUCCAAGGGGAUAUGGGUCGGCAGCUUGGCGUUUCAACGGGACAUGAUGUGGUUCAUCAUUUAGUUGUCAGCACCGCUGCGUCUGGUCGCAAAGAGCUCAAGAAAGCUUUGGAGCAAAAAUUGUGCUACCUGAAAAUAGAUGCGGCAAUCCGUGGAAACAGAAAUUUUCUUGCAAUCAAUGCUCAGUACUACGAAAAAGGAAAAGAUAAAGCUGUGGUAAAAACCUUGGACAUAAUCGACACUGAAGGGCGUCACAAUUCUUCGUACAUGAAAAGUCAAGUAAAAGCUAUUUUAGAAAAAUUUGGGAUCAGUGAAAUUUAAGUGCUGAGCAUCUGUGUGGACAAUGCAGCAAACAUGACGUGUGCCGUCAAAAAUUUCAGCGAGGACAAUGAAACCAUUUCUACCUCUGAGAACAGGGAUGUGGACAGAACUGAAGCUAUUUUGCCUGAUGAAGGAACGGAUGAAAUUGAACUCAACAUGGAUGCUGCUGCACAAUGGGUUAAUGACCCUAGCCUCAUACUUCCAACAUGGCUUCUUGAGGACGACUCAAAAGUCCAACUGAUGAGGUGUGGUAUUCACACUCUUCAGUUGGCAAUCUGGGAUGGACUGAACCAAGGACAUGCAAAGAAAUUUCUGGCAAAAAUUCGACAAGACGUUGUCAAACUACGAACCCCAAGUAUUCAAACUGUUCUGCUUGAUCUACAUGGGGUAACUCAAUCAUUGGAUACUGUGACUCGCUGGGGUUCAACGUUUGCAAUGAUUGAUCGGCUUCUCGUUUUUCAAUCUUACUGUGAACAAGUGGCUGCUGCUGGAACAAGAGAAUUCAAGUUAACAAAAGCUGAAUGGGACAAAGUGAAGAACAUGCGAGACCUCUUGGCAAAGCCAAACCAAACAGCUGUGAAUCUUCAAGCUGUCGAUGUAACCCAGGGAGUUUUAAUGAAGGAAUGGCGAAAACUGUCAAAAUUCUCACAAGAAAAUGGUGGACAAAUUGCAGAAGGAAUUCUAUCCUCCAGGCAGAAACACGAAGAGAAACUUUCUGACAAUAUUCAUUUCCUUGCUGGAGUUUGUUGACCCACAGUAUUGGAUUCUUCUUACCUCAAGGGAAAUAUCAAAGGCAAAGGAAGGGCUCCUUGAUAUUGCUCGAUGACUCGAAAAACAAAAUCUAUUGCUACGUUUGAACUCGGCGAAAGAGGUUGAAGAAAA